UUGGCGGCGCCGGCGGAGCGGGGGGGGGUACGCUUUUCGCAGCUUCUUCGCCUUUUGCUUCCUGGGGUUCGUGUUUCCCGGGCGGGCGGAGCCGCCCCCGGCACUGAGAAGAACGGGGGCUCCGCGCACCGCGGCGGCGCCUCGGCGGGUUUUGUUUUUGCACUGAAUGUAGCCAGGACGGAUCCUUGUGGGCUUUGGCAGCCCUUGGAAACUGUCAAAGGCAGUAUUUUGCAUUUCUGCAGAGCUUUGCACAGAUCCUGUUCCCAUGCAAACUGAUGAGGGAGAAAUACUGGAGGAAGGCAGUCCCAAGGUCAGUGAGAUGGAACAUGAGGAUUUUGUAAUGGAGGGGCAUGGCAAGACUCCACCUCCUGGUGAAGAAAACAAACAAGAGAAGGAGCAAGAAAGGGAAGAACAGUUAAUGGAAGACAAGAAAAGGAAGAAGGAGGAUAAGAAAAAGAAGGACUCUGCUCAGAAGGUCACAGAUCAAAAAACCAAAGUGCCCGAAGUGACGAAACCAAGUUUAAGCCAACCAGUGGCUGCCAGCCCAAUUGGCAACUCUCCAUCGCCACCAGUCAAUGGUGGCAACAAUGCCAAGAGGGUGGCAGUGCCGAACGGACAACCGCCAAGCGCCGCCCGCUACAUGCCUCGGGAGGUGCCGCCGCGAUUCCGCUGCCAGCAGGACCACAAAGUGUUACUGAAACGUGGGCAGCCCCCUCCGCCAUCCUGCAUGCUCCUUGGGGGUGGAGCAGGGCCUCCCUCCCCAGCAGCGCCAGGAGCAAACCCAAACAACGCACAACCAGUGACAGGAGCACUGCUGCAGAGCGACAGUGGGACUGCAACAGAUUCAGCAAUUGGAGGUGCUGCUGCUUCAAAUUAUGCAAAUUCCACUUGGGGUCCUGGAGCCUCCUCCAACAGCGGCACCAACGCCAACCCAACUCACAUCUGGGACAAGGUGAUUGUAGACGGGUCUGACAUGGAAGAGUGGCCUUGUAUUGCCAGCAAAGAUGCUGAGUCUUCUUCCGAAAACACCACCGAUAACAACAGUGCCUCGAACCCUGGCUUGGAGAAGAACGCUCUGCCAGGAAGCACCACUAGUAACAAAGGAAAAGGAAGCCAGUGCCAGUCUGGAAGCGCUGGAAACGAAUGUAAUCUUGGGGCCUGGAAAUCUGAUCCCAAGGCUAAAUCUGUUCAAUCUUCCAACCCUGCUGCCGAGAGUAACAAUGGACUAGGUAAUUGGAGGAACUUGAGUGGACAAGACAGAAUCAGUCCCGGUUCUGGUUUCAGCAACUUUAACCCAAAUAGCAACCCAUCUGCUUGGCCAGCACUGGUUCAAGAGGGCAAUUCUAGAAAAGGAACUCUGGAAUCUGAUAGUGGUAGCUCCAAUGCACAGAUUAGCACAGUAGGUCAGACCUCUAGGGAACAGCAGUCAAAGAUGGAAAAUGCGGGUGUUAACUUUGUCUCUGGCAGAGAACAGGCUCAAAUUCAUAACACUGAUGGACCAAAAAAUGGAAACACUAACUCCUUGAACUUAAGUUCACCAAACCCUAUGGAGAAUAAGGGAAUGCCCUUUGAAAUGGGCUUGGGGAACCCUUCCAGGAGCACUGACACCCCUUCUCAAAGCACUGGAGAAAGAAAGACUGGGAGUGUUGGAUCUUGGGGUACAGCUAGGGGGUCUUCUGGAACUGAAACAGUCUCUGGGCAGAGCAAUUCUGGAAACCAUGGGAACAAUGGAAAGGAUAGAGAGGACUCCUGGAAAGGAGCUUCUGUUCAAAAACCUAAUGGGUCAAGAAGUGAUUCUUGGGAUAACAAUAACCGGUCUACGGGUGGUGGGUCUUGGAACUUUGGCCCUCAGCAUGCAAACGAAAGCAAAUGGGGUGAAGGGAACAAAUUAACAUCUGGGGUCUCUCAGGGAGAAUGGAAACAGCUGUCUGGGUCUGAUGAACUGAAGAUUGGAGAGUGGAGUGGUCCAAACCAACCAAAUUCUAGCACUGGAGCAUGGGACAAUCAAAAAGGCCACCCUCUUCCUGAAAACCAAGGCAAUUCCCAGGCUCCCUGUUGGGGAAGAUCUUCCAGCUCUGCAGGAAGUGAGGUUGGAGGUCAAAGCACUGGAAGCAACCACAAAGCAGGAAGUAGUGACAGUCACAAUUCUGGACGCCGAUCGUACAGGCCCACGCAUCCUGAUUGCCAGGCAGUCCUGCAGACGUUGCUGAGCAGGACUGACUUGGACCCCCGAGUGCUUUCCAACACCGGCUGGGGCCAGACUCAAAUUAAGCAAGAUACCGUGUGGGAUAUUGAAGAGAUGCCACGACCCGAGGGGAAGUCUGAUAAAGGAACUGAGGGGUGGGAGAGCUCUGCCACACAGACAAAGAACUCAGGGGGCUGGGGCGACGUACCCAGCCAAAGCAAUCAAAACAAGUCUGGAUGGGGUGAGCUCUCAACCCCAACGGAGUGGAAGGACCCCAAAAAUUCUGGAGGAUGGAAUGACUAUAAGAACUCCAAUUCUUCUAAUUGGGGAGGAGGAAGGCAAGAAGAAAAAUCAUCUUCCUCUUGGAAUGACAGCUCGAGUAAGGAUCAGGGGUGGGGUGGACGGCAGAGUAAUCAAGGAUGGUCUUCUGGAAAGAACGGUUGGGGAGAGGAAGUUGACCAAACAAAAAACAGUAACUGGGAAAGUGCAGGAAACAAGCCAGUGUCUGGUUGGGGUGAAGGUGGGCAAAGUGAGAUUGGAACUUGGGGUAAUGGUGCAAAUACAAGCUCUGCUUCAAAGGGUGGAUGGGACGAUUGUAAAAGAACUUCAACAUGGAACGAGACGGGUCGACAGCCCAACUCCUGGAACAAGCAGCAGCAACAGCACCAGCAGCAACAGCAGGAGUCUUCUGGUUCCUGGGGUCCACCGCCCCAAACCCCCAGUAAUGGGCGGCCUCCAAACCCAAACUGGAACAAUGGACCACAGCCAGCUGCCCCCAAAGAGGAGGAGCCUAGUGGCUGGGAAGAACCUUCUCCACAGUCAAUCAGUCGAAAAAUGGAUAUUGAUGAUGGCACUUCAGCGUGGGGAGAUCCCAGCAGUUACAACUACAAGAAUGUGAAUCUGUGGGACAAGAACUCACAAGGAGGACAGGCCCCACGGGAGCAGAGCCUGCCUACUCCAAUGACUAGCAAAUCACAAGCAUCAGUCUGGAGCAAAAGCACUCCACCUGCUCCAGAUAAUGGUACGUCCGCCUGGGGUGAGCCAAAUGAAACCAGUCCCGGCUGGGGUGAAGUGGAUGAUCCAGGAGCAUCGACUACAGGCUGGGGGAAUGCACCUUCCACCGCCCCGAACGCCAUGAAAUCCAGUUCUAAAUCUAUGCAAGAUGGCUGGGGAGAGAGUGAUGGGCCAGUGACAGGAACACGUCAUUCCAGCUGGGAAGAGGAGGAGGAGGGAGGAGUCUGGAACACAGCAGGCUCUCAGGGAAGCAGUUCCUCCCACAACUCAACAAGCUGGGGACAAGGAGGAAAGAAAACACAAAUGAAGUGUGCAUUAAAAGGAGGAAAUAGUGAUUCGUGGAUGAACCCUUUAUCCAAACAGUUUUCAAAUAUGGGCUUGCUAAGUCAAACUGACGACAUUCCAGGCAGUAAGAUGGACUUGUCUGUAGGUGGUCUCCCAGAUAAGAAGUUUGAGGUAGAUAAACGAGCUGUGAAUCUCGGGGAUUUUAAUGACAUGAUGAGAAAGGAUCGAUCUGGGUUCCGUCCACCUAAUUCCAAAGACAUGGGAACCACAGAUAGUGGGCCUUAUUUUGAGAAGCUGACUUUGCCUUUCUCCAAUCAAGAUGGGUGCCUUGGGGAUGAGGCUCCCUGCUCUCCCUUCUCCCCUUCUCCCAGCUACAAGCUGUCUCCCUCUGGUUCCACACUAUCCAACGUCGGCCUUGGGGCAAUCGGCUCAGGGCUCAGUCCCCAAAACUUCGCUGCUAGACAAGGUGGCAAUCAUGGUUUGUUUGGAAACAGCACAGCACAAUCGAGGGGCAUGCACACACCAGUGCAGCCACUAAAUCCUUCCCCCAAUAUCCGGGCGCAAGUGCCUCCCCAAUUCCUUUCUCCCCAGGUUUCGGCCUCCAUGCUCAAACAGUUUCCCAACAGUGGCUUGAAUCCUGGUCUUUUCAAUAUGGGCCCCCAGCUUUCUCCACAACAGAUUGCCAUGCUGAGCCAGCUUCCACAGAUUCCCCAGUUUCAAUUAGCUUGUCAGCUCCUCCUUCAGCAGCAGCAGCAGCAACAGCUGUUACAGAGCCAGAGAAAGUUAUCUCAAGCUGUGCGACAACAGCAGGAGCAACAGAUUGCUCGUAUGGUGAGUGCCCUCCAGCAGCAGCAGCAGAGGCAGCCUGGCAUGAAGCAUUCGCCAUCCCACCCUGUUGGGCCUAAGCCACAUUUAGACAGCAUGGUACCCAAUCCUUUGAAUGUGGGUCUCUCAGAUUUACAGACCAAAGGGCAGAUACCUGGAUACGGUUCAGGUGGCUUUGGCUCAAGUGGCAUGGAUUAUGGCAUGGUGGGAGGGAAAGAGGCUGGAACAGAAUCCCGCUUUAAGCAGUGGACUAUGAUGGAAGGGCUGCCCUCUGUGGCUUCACAAGAUGCCAAUAUGCACAAAAAUGGUGCAAUAGUGCCCCCUGGAAAGGCUCGUGGAGGAUCGCCCUACAACCAGUUUGACAUAAUCCAGGGCGACCCGCUCAGCAGCCACGCAGGCCCUGCUGGUGAUAGUUGGUUACCUGCCAAAUCUCCACCAACAAACAAGAUCGGAAGCAAAUCCAGCAAUGCCAGCUGGCCUCCAGAGUUCCAACCAGGAGUGCCAUGGAAAGGUAUACAAAACAUUGACCCUGAAUCUGACCCCUAUGUGACCCCUGGAAGUGUGCUGGGGGGGACAGCCACAUCUCCCAUUGUAGAUACUGACCACCAACUUCUGCGGGACAACACCACAGGGUCUAAUUCUUCCCUCAACACCUCGCUGCCUUCACCUGGUGCCUGGCCCUACAGUGCCUCUGACAAUUCCUUCACCAACGUUCAUAGCACUUCAGCAAAAUUCAGUGAUUACAAAUCAACGUGGUCCCCAGAUCCCAUAGGACACAAUCCCACUCAUCUCUCCAACAAGAUGUGGAAAAACCAUAUUUCCUCAAGGAACACUACAGGGCUGCCCCGCCCACCUCCUGGCCUGACCAACCCCAAACCAUCAUCUCCAUGGAACAGCACAGCACCCCGAUCGGUCAGGGGCUGGGGGGCACAGGACUCAAGGCUUGGCUCUGCAUCUACUUGGAGUGAUGGUGGCUCAGUUCGUCCUAGCUACUGGCUGGUUCUUCACAAUCUCACUCCACAGAUUGAUGGGUCAACCUUGAGGACGAUCUGCAUGCAGCAUGGCCCACUGCUGACAUUCCAUCUGAACCUGACCCAGGGCACCGCCCUCAUCCGAUACAACACCAAACAGGAGGCGGCCAAGGCCCAGACUGCACUGCACAUGUGUGUGUUGGGAAACACUACCAUCCUGGCUGAGUUUGCCACAGAUGAAGAGGUUAGUCGCUUUUUGGCACAAGCUCAGCCCCCUACACCUGCAGCAACCCCGAGUGCACCCGCAGCGGGCUGGCAAUCCCUGGAGACAGGACAGAACCAGACAGAUCCAGUUGGACCUGCUUUGAAUCUCUUUGGUGGGUCAACAGGGCUUGGGCAGUGGAGCAGUGGUGGCGGCGGCGGCAGCAGUGGGGGUGAUCUCACUGGCGCUUCAUUGUGGGGGCCCCCAAACUAUUCUUCAAGCUUGUGGGGGGUCCCGAGCGUAGAGGAUCCACACCGAAUGGGCAGCCCUGCUCCCUUACUACCUGGAGACCUUCUGGGAGGAGGGUCGGAUUCAAUCUGAACUUAGAACUUUCAACUCUGACCUCGUGACCUUUUUUGGAACAGCAGCAGCACUAACUUGACCUUUUCGUUUUUUUCAACUUGCAAUAAAUACAUUUAUAAAAGGAAAAAAGAAAACGGAGAAAGAAAAAAAGGUGGGUCAUUGACAGACUGUCUGAGCACAUAGUUGCCUCCCUUAUAUAACUUCAGUUUUUUCGUUUGGAAUAUGAAUCCAAAAAGAGAACAUAUCACUCUUGAAAUACUUGAAUCGUGAACGCCAACUUAGAAAGACAAUGUGAAGCAAGUACACAUACCAUUUAAAUUUAAACAGAAAAAAUUAAAAAAAUUAGUUUCUA